GUUUGCGGAUCUCCUUCUCGACGGCGAUGUUGCCCACCAUGCGCCUAUUAUUCGGUGUCACCGGGAUCGCCGGGCCUGGAGUCGCGCCCAUGACUUUCUGCGAUCAAUUGAUCAAGCGCAAUGUGAAGCAAUAUGUACUUGCAAGUUCCACGGGCCAUGGGAGGUCUGCGCAAAGUUAUACUGGUGCAGGGGAAACCCUGUAGAGAGCAGUCGAGCGGCUGCAGCGGAUCGGGAGCUCGCGAGAUAAAUUAUGUUUCAUCAAAACACUUCAAGAUCUGGUGGGCCUCAAGGCGAGGGUGCACGGGCCAGCCUUCUUCUCGCGAAGCCCUUCCUUUUUGGGAGGAAAGGUCAGAUCAAAAGUUCAGCUCUUGGUGGUUGACACAUUGGGUAAAUGCCUCGCAUUGGGGCUUUGCGAUUGUGGUGGUCUCGAAAAGUUGCAGGCCUCGCAGGUCUUGCAGGCCUCAGCUGCAAGAGGCGCGUUCCACCGCAUCGCAUCCCCGCCAAGUUAGAGCACCCAGCCUUCGUGGGGGCAUUUCCGCAACCGUCACAUCCAUUUUCGCAACCCCGAGUCGUGCUGUUGAUGGCAUCCCAUGCAAACAUAGCAACCCAAGGACGGGAUUCCCUUCUCUAGUGAUGAUAGUCGGGUCGGUGGUUGCUAGCCUUCCAAGGUUCCCGUCCAUAGGUGAUGGAAGAGCGCGUUGCCCGAGGUGGGUUGGAGGAAGUUGCAGAACGCAAAUUGCCGUCAGCGCUCUAGGGCACUCGGCGCCCUUUUACUCUUCUGGUGGGCCCCACAGUGGUCCCAGCUUUGAAGUCAAGCUUUGCCGCCAAUCCCGAACUUCCCCACUCCCGCUCUGACCGACUGUGGUCUGUCGGCUUCUUCUUCGCCUUUUCAGACAUUUCGGAUUUGCAUCGGUAUUCAACAUCCGGUGCUCGUUAUCCAGGAAUUCUUGUCAUUCGGCUUGGUAAUGCCCAACAUCCUCCCCCCCAACGUCAAUUAGCCCAGCGACCCUCCCUUAUCGCCCUUCCAACCCCACUUCUCCAAGCGGGACAGACUCGCGUCAGUUCGACUGCCGACGGGGACUCCUCCUUCGGGCCUCACUCGGAUUCCC